AAUGGCAAUGCUAUGGAAAUUCAUGAGAGUUGCUAAGUAUUCUAAAACAGCUUUCUCACAGGAAGUAAAAGUAAGAGGAACUAUCGCCCAUUUAAGGCAUUCUUCAUCCACGUCUGUACCUUCUGAUUUUGCUGCCAGCACAGCAUCAUUAAAUACUGUGGAACUGCUUGGUAAAGCUUAUCCUCGAGAUGACUACAGUAAUGUCGCAGAGAAGAUUCUCUCCAAAGUUGGGAAAAACCUGCACAACAAAAAGCAUCAUCCUUUGUGGCUAAUCAAGGAGCAGGUGAAGGACCACUUUUAUAAGCAAUAUACAGGACGCUUUGGAACACCGUUGUUCUCCGUCUAUGAUAGUCUUUCUCCAGUGGUUACCGUACAGCAGAAUUUUGAUAGCCUGCUUAUCCCACAAGACCAUGCCAGCAGGAGGAAAGAGGAUAACUAUUACUUGAAUCGUGAUCACAUGCUAAGAGCACACACAUCAGCUCAUCAGUGGGACCUGAUACAUUCUGGCUUAGAUGCUUUUCUGGCUGUGGGAGACGUCUACCGUCGUGAUACAAUUGACAACACCCACUACCCAGUCUUUCAUCAGAUGGAAGGAGUUCGGCUCUUCUCCUGUCACGAGCUGUUCCGCAAUGUGGAAGGCGGUGAGGAUUUCCAGCUGUUUGAGCAAGGCCAUCGCACGGCGCACAAGCAGGAGUCUCACACCAUGGAGGCAGUGAGGCUGGUGGAGUUCAACCUGAAGCAAGUGCUCACGAAGCUCAUGGCUCACGUCUUUGGGGAUGGGCUGCAAGUCAGAUGGGUGGACUGCUACUUCCCGUUUACUCACCCUUCUUUUGAGAUGGAGAUCAACUUCCAAGGAGAGUGGCUGGAGGUCCUGGGCUGCGGGGUCAUGGAGCAACAGCUGGUUAACUCAGCUGGUGCUCAGGAUAAAAUUGGCUGGGCAUUUGGCUUGGGUUUGGAGAGGCUGGCCAUGAUCCUGUAUGAUAUCCCUGACAUCCGACUGUUCUGGAGUGAAGAUGAACGCUUCCUGAAGCAGUUUAUUGUGCCUCACAUUUACCAAAAAAUAAAAUUCCAGUCUGCGUUCGUGGAGGUCAAU